AUGCAGACAGAGAAGGCCUAUAUACUUGGAGAAGCAAUGAUUUACAUGAAACAACUUCAAGAGAGAGUAAAAGAGCUAGAGAAUGAUCAGAACAAGAGGAGAACAUCAGAUUCCAGAAUAUUCAUCAAGAAAUCACAAAUCUGCCCAAAAGAGGAAGCCAUGCCACGUGAGACCAUUAACUCUUAUGGUGGCUAUAGAACCACAGCACCCCUACCUCAGGUUGAAGCUAUGGUGUUGGAAAAGGAAGUUCUCAUUGGAAUCCACUGCCACAAACAAAAGGAUAUUGUGCUCAAAAUUAUGGCCUUGCUUCAAAAUCUCCACCUCUCUCUUGCGAGUAGUAGUGUAUUGCCAUUUGGGACUUCCACUCUAAAAGUCACAGUCAUUGCCCAGCUGAAGGAAGAGAUGGCCGCCAUGAGACACCAAAGAGAAAAAGAUGUUAGGGAACUUUCAGCCUUGAAAGCUGAGAAUGCUGCCUUGAAGAGUCAAGACCCCUCAUGGAAGCCCUCUCAACCAACCCCUACAUAG